AAAUGAUUGUGUGUGAAAUGUCUUUCAAUACAAAUCAAAAUCUUGUUUGAAUCGUAACGUUGGUUGCGUGUAUGUAACACGCCUCUCGUUCGCAGGUUGGCUCAAAUCGACAAGAGUUGUCAAGAAGUCGCUGCCAGGCAGUGCCUUCCAGUUUGCUUCAAGUGUUUUAGUUGCGUGCGUGUUAAUUUAGUCUCUCGUUGACUCUCUUUCGAGUCUCUUUGAAAGAUCUCUAGUUUUCUAUUUUUUUUUUCUUUUUUCGUGUGUGUGUGUGUGUGUCACUCGUUUAACACGUGUCUCUCCCUUGUCCCUUAGCCACGUGUACACCCAAUUAACAUUACACUUGAAUUUCUUAUCGUUCAACUCAAUUGAUACGAUCUACAACUGUUUUGAAAGAAGAAUUUUUCCCGUGUUUCUGUGUAUGUGUGUGUGUAUAUAACUUGACCAGGUGACCUUUUUAAUUCAAAUGUUGUGAAACAUCGAAGGAUAUACAGAAUCUCAAUAUUUUUGAGAUAAGAACUCAAGAGAUAGAGGGAGAAAAAAAAAGGGAAGACUGAAGAAGAGUGAAAACAACGGAGACGUAAAGUUUUCUUUUUUUGAAAUAAAAUUGAACAUUUUAUGGCUUUUAUGGGCCAUUAAGUGAAUUUUGUGAUACUGGCAAAUUUAAAAGUGACAGAAGAGAUCCAUCCAGCAUCUCAAUGUUGGAGUGUGCUAAUGUUAUAUAAUAGCAUGCAGUUCGCAUAUCGGUACACGUGGAACAAAGAAAUAAUUGUCAACUCUCAAAAACUUGUGAAAAGACGUUGAAAAGGAAACAAAACACAUGCGAGGACAAGAUAUACUUUAAUUAUUAUUGUAGAUCUAGCCCACCAUAUUCGAUCGUUAAUCACAUUAAUUUUGUGUACUUUUUUUCUGAUCUUUCGUUUUUCUUUAACUUUUCAUUAUUAUUAUUAUUAUUAUUAUUCCUCAAUCUCGGCAUUACCGCUGAUUCUGUGAUUUGCAUUUGAUCAUCAUCCAAAAAUGAAUAUCAACAUGGCAAGAAUGUCUGUUGCCUGUUUUGGUGAGCCUUUUUCGGAUUGGUUAGAGGAAAAGAUUAAUCUUCCGAUAUUUGAAGGACUACCAGGACCAGAAUGCGGUCAAAACAAAGCAGUUGUCUAUUCAAAUUUGGAGAAGAUUCAUCAUCAGGACACCACACAGAGUCUCCUGCAAGAAUUCGAAACAGUGAUGGGUGAUGUUGAGGCAUGUCAUUAUCAAAUCUCUCAACCUGUCAUCUCAACAUUGACACCUCCACAAUCACCACCACCACAACAACAACAACAACAACAACAACAACAAACGACAAUUAAAUCAGUCAACGAAACACACUUGCUGGUCACUCUGCAACCAAUGCAAAAUACCUUCGUAUACCCUAGCCAACAGAAUAACAAUAUUGAUCAUAAUCAACAACAACAAUCGAUUCCAAUCGUGAAGUCAAUGCCUUAUAUAGAUCAAAUCCCAGAACAGUGGAAUGCUGAAAAUCUAUCAUUGGAACCACUUGGAGGUGAUGUGGCAAGAGAAUUAGCUGCUGUCGAUGAAUAUGUACGCUCAUGUGUUGAAGAUGUUUCACCAUCAAGUCCAUGUACAAGUUCUGGCGCAAGUUGCACAUCAUCAGAGGAAUCAAUCGAUGAUCCCGAUUGGGUCAUUGAUAAUGGUAAUCAUCAUAAUUCAAGAAAAGCACCAUCAAGCAUGUUAAAAUUGAGACGCAAGCCAUAUUCAAAAGUUGGCGUUGAAGAUAAAAAAGUACGCAAAAAGGAGCAGAAUAAAAAUGCAGCCACACGUUAUCGGCAAAAAAAGAAGCAAGAAAUAAAAGAGAUUCUCACUGAGGAACAACAACUUGUCAAGCAUAAUGAUAAGCUGCAGGAAAAAGUUAAGGAUCUACAACGUGAAAUUGGUUAUUUAAAAGGAUUGAUGAGAGACCUCUUUAAAGCAAAGGGUUUUAUGAAGUAAAAAUAUUCAUUCUAAAAUGGCUCAUUUUCGUCUUUUUUAAUUGUAUUUUAUUUUUUACUAAAUAUCUCCUGCUUACAUCGAUAGAUUUUUUUUUUUAAAUAAUUGCAUAAUAAUUUUAGAACUACUUUCAUUUUAUAGUUGACAAUAAUUUUUUUUUUCCACAUGUUCAUUUAAGAAAAUUAGAAGAGAAAAAAAAACAAUUACGAAUUUUUUUAAGCGCUAAAUAAUUAGCAAAUAAAUCAAUAUUCGUAAUUAUGCUAUUUUGUUUCGUUUUAAGAUUCAAAACAGAAUUACUUCUUCUUGAUGAAAAUUUCAAUUUGUCUUUGAAAUAUUUUAAAUGUUUUUUUAAUUAAAGAAGGAAUUUUUUCUUUAAAAAAGCAAUUAACAUUUUUUGGAAUUAAUUUUAAAAAAAUCAAUUUCAUGAUUUUUUGUUGAAUUUAAGGAGAAGUUAUUCGAGAGAGUUUUUACUUAUAUAUAUAUAUAUAUAUAUAUAAAUGUUUGUAUCUCCUGCAGCAUCUAUUAGACAUAUAAUAUAUAUUAUAUAUUGUUUUUUGUAUAACAUCUUUUUUUUUUGAUAACAUUUAAGAUCGAUUUACUGGUGUGUUAAUCGCAAUAAGUUUGUCUAAAGCGUACAUGCCCCUAUGAAGCAUUGAUUAUAAUGCGGAAAUUUGCUGUUCGCGGAAACAAUCAAUUAUGUCAGUUUACACAUCCAUUUUUAUUGAAUGAUUUCAUUCCGAAAUGAUUUUAACCCAAUAUUAUAUCUUAUAUAUAUUUUUUCUUAAAUAAAAUUCUGUAUUGAAAAAAAAAAACAGAAAUAAAUGGGUUAAGAAGUAGUAAACCGUA